AUGGAUAUGGUGUUGGACAAAAGCAGUUUGCCGGAGACAGAGAAACAUCUGGUAGAAAACAAAACGAUACUCGUAUUUGGGGACGAACAGAUCAACAGAAAGUGUAUUCGAUCUACCCUUACGAAUUAUGGAGUCAAACUUGUCUUGGUUGAAACUGAGCCCGAUAUCGUUCCAUUUGAUGAUGUCUACAAGUACAUACAGUAUGACUACACCGACCACAAGCAAGACGAUUUCCAUGCCGACAGAAUAGUUCAGAUAUUGGCAGAUCUUACGCUACCCGUCAAUGGAUGUUGUACGUUUACAGAUGAAUGCGGACCACUAGCAGCUUAUUUAUGUGAGAAGUUGGGCCUGACUGGAGGUGUAGGCGUAUUGGGGGCAAUGAAUGCUAAGUACAAAAGUUCAACACACAUGUACCUACAGAAAGAAAUCAACGGUGUUCGACAGUUUCCCCGAACGUACGAGUACACCGGAAGAUCUGCUAAAAUCGCAUGCGCAGAAUCACUGAGAUCUGCAGAAGAGACUGUUGGAUUUCCAGCGGUAUGUAAACCAGAUAAUGGAUCAUAUGGUAAUGGGGUGGAUAUGAUUCGGAACAAAGAGGAAUAUGAACGUCUGGGAGAGAAACUCGCAGAUGGGAGUUCAAUGAUGAUAAUGGAAUAUUUUGAUGGCACUGAACACGACAUUGAUGUAAUCAUUUAUGAAGGAGAAGUAAUCGCAGCCAUUGUUUCAGACAAUGGUCCUACAAGAAAAGGAUCCUUCGUGGAAACGUCUAUGUCAAUGCCAACGUGUCUACAUCCAUCCAAGGCCGCGCAACUCAAGACAGCAGCAUCACACUGUUGUAUUGAUAUCGGCAUCCGUAACGGCGUUUUUAAUGUAGAGAUGAAGUUUACGUCCACAGGGUCCUAA